UGAUUUUUCGUUUCGUGGAUUUCACUUUUCCGCAGUUUGUGGUAAAAGUUUGGUGAAUGUUUUUCCGUCCUCACAUACAAUCUGCGCUGAAAUGCAUGGUUUCAGCCUCUAAACGCUCAAACAGACGGAGACGUUGAUUCUUUACGCUCCGAGUCGUUUGGCUUCUGUUUAAACGUCUACGCUGGUGUGAGAUGUCAAACUCGCGCUUUGGAUGUCGGGCGUUUGAGUUGACAGGAGUCUGACGUUUUCCUGCAGAGCCACAGCGACGAGACACCGACACCUGUUGUUAUUGGACGGGUUUGGGCUGAAUUCGGAUCCGGUUCGAUGAGCGUAUUUGUGACGUUGCGCGGUGAUGCUGCGCUGCGUCACGUGCGCAUUGAUCAGGGACAGUCCGCUUCGUUAUUAUUGAGAUCCGACACCUGAGACAGAGAACUGGAACUAGACGAGUGUCCAUAAACAUCAGAGGUGCUGGUGAGAAAAUCCAGACAAGCUGCUGCUGCAAAAAGCAAUGAACCGAAUAACACAAACCACACGAGCCUCAAAAAGAAGGAAGUUUAGACCGUUCAACGUGCUCAGCAAGUGUGUGAAGGUCCCUGGAAGUGGUUUAGAGUUACAACGUCAUCUGCCGCGAGUCUGUGACGUCACAGUGGAGCUUGACACGAGAUCGGCGCGCUCUGUCAAAGCGGACGCGUUCAUGCGUUAUUUAUUUAUUUAUUUGCUGUUAUAGUUGCGGUGAAACGAGACUGACGGCUUCAUGAGCGACGGGCGGAGACUUGAGAUUUACAGUGUCAGAGACUGAGUCUGCGUUUAUUCUAGUGAAGGAAAGAUGAUUUAGUGACUGGAACAGGCUUCAAGUUGUGGAAUGCGUCUUUAUGAUACAUUUCAAUCAUGAAUAUUUACACACAGUAAAUCCCAUCACUCACUAGCGGUUCCCGUCCGUUUACUGCACGUCACCGUAUCAGCGUUUAUUGAGCACUUGUAAACACAUAAAAAGCGAUAUAAGCUGUAAACAUUCGUCAGAGUUCACACAUGUAACACGUCUGUACGCUCGUCAUCAGGACAAAAACUGCAGCUGCAAACUGAGGUAGGUAUUUUUUCAGACGUGAGCACUUGUUGAACUGGAUAAACAGGCGAAUUUACAUGAACACGGUCUGAUACAAUCAAUACACACUGAAAACAGCAACACAUCUGACAUGUGUAAAUGAAAAUAGGUUUCGUUGUUUUCACACACAGAACUGCUGUAUCUAAUGAACAGCAUUUUUUUAUUAUAGAUUUAUAGUAGAUUGAGCUCAGUCAAUCUAUUAUGACGGUGUCAGACGACGAGAGAGACGAGCAACAAGGUUUAUUACUAGAGUGAUGAAGAAGACAACAGGUACAAGAAAAUAACCCGAAACACAAGACGGACACGGAAAUAAAUAAAAAAACACAGAUAGACAGACCGACCGCCAACGAGAUGAAGUAAAUGACUGGAAAAUAAAAUAAUUGGAACUACAAACUGACUGAAGAAGAUGCAGAGACAGACGGCCUCGCGUGAGAACGUCGCUGCGGAUGUCAGUCUAACACAAAAGAACAACAGGAUGUCACUGUGGUCGCACGCGCACAAGUCCGCAAAGUCAAGAAACAGAAGACGCUCACGAGAAAAAAACCCGCGAGGACGAGACGAAAUAUGGAGAAAACCGGGUCAGAGCGGAACAGAAGGACUCGAACCGAAGGUUCUGCAGAAGAACACGCAGGGAAACAAGGCAGGCUCAGUCACAUGCAGCAGACCGGAAGCAGAACCGGGACGAACCAUUUGUAGUGGAGAUGGCUGACGAUGGCCUCUCCUGUGGGUUCUGGACUUUACAGUCCGCCACUGCAGUGACUGCUGGAUCACUAACAACUCAGGUGUUCUCUUGAAAGCUUUAUUCCAUCAGUCAUUCUUAAUGACAGCACAGUAUUGGAGUGCAUGUGGGCGUGUGUGUGGUUUAGCUCAAUGGACGCACACAAUACAUUAACAACAAUGGCUGCACCAAACCUAUUUCACUCUAUGGUCUUAGAAAACUGUCCUCAAUGACUUGUGCAUACGGAGCGGGGUCUGUACAAUAACAAUAAGAAAGGUCCCAUGACACCACUGAGAAACAUUGAACAAUCUGGCAGGCUGAUGAUCCUGGAGACUGGUCGGGUGUAAGAACGAUCUCCUACUCUGACUUCCACAGUCCUUUCUCGGCCAUCCGUUGCAGGAAAUGUCUGGGUUAUUGGUCCAAUGGGCCAUGAAGCUCGAGGGAGCUGAUUCCAAGCACCACUUCUGUCAUGUUUGGAGACCAGGUAAGUAGAAUCGAAUGAAGCUCCUCCAAAACUGAUCUGCCAGUACUUGACUAUGGCGCCACCGUCUUCUGCCGAGAAUCUCAGAUUCUGGAUACACCACCUGAGGCGAUGAUGCAUCUCUUCACCCCAUGAGCAGGAUGUUGGGUGUAAUAGAAUCCGGAUCGGCCACAUCGGAUGAGGUGUAGCCCAAUGGCUUCGAAUUCAGGAUACCCUCAAUUUCCACAAGCACAGUCUGCAGAACCUCUUCAGUGACGGACUGUGUGCCGAUGAUGACUUGAAGUGCUUGUUUGAGGGACUUUAUCUCUCUCUGCCAACAUCCACCAAAAUAAGGGACACCUGGUGGGUUGAAGGACUCUGGCCUCAUCCUCUGAUGGUAGACUACGCAAACAAUUGUUAACGUAGAACGACUUCAGUACUGCUUCUCUGGUUUCCUCACCCUCGCGACUAUGUUCGAUAAUGUGCUUCUGGAGGGCAAAGAUGGCACAGCAGGGAGAACAUCAUGUAGUGCCAAAGGGAAGCACUCUCCAUUCAUAGGUGUUGGGUGGUUCCUCACGUUUCAAGUCUCUUCACAAGAAUCUAAGGAGAGGAUGGUCCUCUGGAAGCAGUCUGACCUGGUGAAACAUACCGCGGUUGUCGCUGCUGACAGCCACAGCAUGCAAGCAGUGAAGGGCCUUGUGUCGGUCCAGGCAACAGGAGCUUGUUAAGAUUCUUAGCUCGAUACUCAAAUCAACAAUUAAAGACCACUCUGUUCUUCCCGUUGUGUGUCUUCAUCUCCAGCUUCCAACCUAUGGACAUGGCCAGCGGUGACCAGCGUAUGUAUUUCAGCAGUAUGAGCUGCUGCCUUCUCGGGGUCCUUCAACAACCUCUUCUCUGUAGCUCUCAGCUGCAGAAGAACUGCUUCCUUCAGAGCUUUGAGUGGAGGCAUAUGCUGCACACGUCAGAGUGGUGUAACAUACCUCUCUGUGCCUUCGAUCUCUACUCUUGCUGUCUUGUGUUCCAGAAGGUCCAACACCUCCUGAUCUUGUAAUAGCUGGGAUUGUGGGAGCUGGGCCCCUAUAAUACUGACUCAUUGUAUGGUGACGGGAGUGACAGUGUCUAUUGGGUCUCUCAUAUCUCUUGGAUGCCUCAUACUCAUGUGCCCUGGGAGAUCGGCGUCUAUGCAAACCUGGCCCAUAAUGCUGGUCAUCAGGAUCACUCUCUGGUGAACUCCCCUGAGGUGUUUCCCAUGAUUCCCUUUUGCUCGGUGAUCUGUAUGAGUGCUAUGUGCGAAACUACGAUCCUUUAGUAGAGUAGAGUGCUUCGGCUUAACUGUUAAGUUCAGCUCCGUCUGCUGUGAUGGGGGCUGUACAGGUGGCACUUGCAAUUGCUGGAUCAAAACUCCCAGAUGUUCUACCUGUUCGAAGCUGGUUGGUAUCCAUUUGGCCCCAAUGGGUGUGUUGUUCCAACUUCAAUUGACUGUGUUCAUUCUGACAGCAUAGUUUGUGGUUCUGCUGUUUUAGCUUUCCUAAUUCUUCAAGCAGAGUUUCUUUUUCCACAUCUGCGUGCUGCUUGUUGCUGGCUUCACACUCUCCCUUAGGGGGCCACUGAUCCUUUAUGACACCCUGUGAUGGUGGAAAACUGUCCUGACUAAUGGGUGAUACUGACCGUUCACCACCCACCGAUUCCUCAUCUUCCUCCGUGUGCUCUCCAUUCUGGCAACAGCUCCUCUGAUGAAAUCCAGAGAGAUCAUAGUCUUGAAGGUGUGCGGGAAGAUGCCUGUUCACACCAGAGACCUGUUCAUUAAACGUGGAGCCUGCGGAGGUUUGGCUUCGACCACCGUCUUAGUCCUUUUCAGCACUUUUGUGUUUGAAGGUCAGAGCUGCCAACAUCAGGCCGUGGUGGCGCUGGUGGGGGAGGCGGUGGUUCUGCCGUGUCACCUGGAACCGGCCGCGGAUGCGUUCGACUUGGUCGUGGAGUGGACGAGACCGGACCUGGACUCAGACCUGGUCCAUGUGUGGAGGGACGGGAAGGAGCUGGUGGACUUCCAGGGACGGACGUCUCUGUUCAGACUGAAGCUCGGAGACGCUUCUCUGCAGAUCUCUGGAGUGAAACUGUCCGAUGCCGGAACGUACCGAUGCCUGGUCCCGGCUCAUCAGGACUCAAGGGUGGAGCUCAUAGUGGGUUCCGUCUCUGAUCCGUCCGUCGCCGUGGUUUCAGACCACGACGCAGAGCUGGUGCUGGAGUGUAGGAGUGGAGGCUGGUUCCCAGAGCCUGAGCUGCUGUGGCUGGACGCUGAGGGAAAGCUCCUCUCUGCUGGACCUACAGAGACAGUCAGAGGUUCUGAUGACCUCUAUACUGUCAGCAGCAGAGUGACUGUGGACAAGAGACACAGCAGCAGAUACACAUGCAGAGUCCAGCAGACCUCCAUCAACCACUACAGAGACACUAACAUACUCGUUGCAGAUGUUUCCCCCUCAUGCUUCACCCUCAACUCGUGUGUUAUGCUUCUUGUUGUGCUUUCUGUCAGCGUCAUUGUUAUUUGGUAUUUGGUUUGGAAACAACAAUAAAAACACCCAUUAGGCAUCUGUAGGAUCAUAGAUAAUCAAAUGUGAUUUAAAGAAGAAUGUAAAUGUAUCGUGUGGACUCUAAGUCAUAUGUAGACGGUUCAUAAACAGGUCAUGCUAGCUGCUCCACCAGGUGAUGGGUCAAAUGCAGACAUACAUUUCCCGUAUCUAUAAGGUCUCAGUCAUUGUUAGUUAUUAUUAGUGGAUGUAAAUGUUUUGUGUUGUGUGUGUAGGAGGAAACCUGUGUGUUGUGAUUCUCAGGGUGUGUCCUAAAUUUCUUAUCAAGGAGGAGGAGCAGUGUGUAGCGGUGGUGUUUACUUAAUGGGGCUUGGGAAGCUAAUGAAAUGUAUUGUAAAAACACAUUUGGCCUCUUUUUUAAAACUUUUGAAUAAAACUUAUUAUUAUUACCUCUUA